GAAGUGUGGUGUAUGGUAUGCCGUCUCACGCCCCGUUUUACAUCGAGCAUCUGCUAUAUGCGCCUUCACAACAAUCUAGCAAACCAGAAACCAUGGCCGCCCGUCCUCUCGUCAGCGUCUUUUCUCUCUCCGGUGACAAGUCCGGAGAUGUGAGUCUUCCUGCUGUAAUGACGGCUCCUCUGCGCCCGGAUAUCGUUCAGUUUGUGCACACCAACAUGAACAAGAACCAUCGUCAGGCGUACGCUGUUAACAUUCGCGCCGGAAAGCAAGUUGUCGCGUCGUCUUGGGGUACUGGACGUGCUGUCGCCCGUAUUCCUCGUGUUGGUGGAGGUGGUACUUCCCGUUCUGGACAGGGUGCCUUUGGUAACAUGUGCCGUGGUGGACGCAUGUUCGACCCCACCAAGACCUGGCGCAAGUGGAAUAAGAAGAUCAACAUUUCGCAGAAGCGUUAUGCCGUUGCUUCUGCCCUAGCUGCCACCGCCGUCCCGGCUCUUGUGAUGUCCCGUGGGCAUGUCGUCGACAACGUUCCGGAAAUUCCCCUCGUUGUGGAAAACGCCGUUGAGUCUGCCAAGAAGACCUCGGCCGCGAAAGACAUCCUCUCCGCCAUUGGUGCCUUGGAUGAUGUCGAAAAAGCGGGAGAAUCGAAGCAAAUCCGUGCCGGUAAGGGUAAGAUGCGUAAUCGUCGUUACACCCUCCGCCGUGGACCUCUCGUUAUCUACAAAUCGAACGAUGGCGUGGAACAGGCCUUCCGCAAUCUUCCCGGCGUAGAGCUAUGCUGUGUUGACCGACUGAACCUUUUGCAGCUAGCCCCGGGUGGUCACAUGGGACGAUUCUGCAUCUGGUCUCAGGCUGCUUUGGAAGAGCUGGACAUUAUUUACGGAGAAAAUGGCAAGCGCAUCCCCCAAGCAGCCAUGACCAACGCCGACUUGGCCCGUAUCAUCAACUCCGAUGAAGUACAGAGUGUCGUCAACCCCGCCAAACCUGGACAGAAGGACAACGCUCCCAAGCAAAAUGCUAUUCGUAACGUUGAGGCGUUGGAGAAGCUCGAUCCAUUUGCCGCCGAAAAGCGCCGUGCCCAAGCUCGCAAUGACGAGGCUCGUGCUUCGAAGAAGGCCGAAACUUUGGCGAAAAAGCGUGAUAGCCGCACGGCUAAGAAAGCUUUCAAGGAGCAAGGAAAAUCGUUCUAUGCAAAGGUGAAUGAAAAGCGAUAA